AUGGUAGCCGUGGGGGUUUGCCCGCGUUGUUUCGUGCUGUGGGUUUGCAUUUUGGGCCACGGCCACAGCCAAAUUUAUCUUGUUUCGGCCGAACGACCUGCAAUUCGAGCCACGGGCGCUCUCCAGGUGGAAGAAAUUGGAAAAGAAGAACACCUUCCACAAACACCGUUCACGGAAGCGCCGUACCACCAUACAGGACAUGAAGAUCAAUCGCCUUGCAACCGCACAGUGGAAAGACAUGCUGCGUGGGCGGUGUUACGCAGCUGGGGUCUUUCUUCUUAUGUACACUUUCAAGGAGAUCAUUGUGACUGGUUUGGCAUGAUGUGCCAGGGAGGAUGCGUGGUGGCGAUCCAGAUUUCCAAUCCGGAGGUGCGCGGGACCUUGCCUGCAGCAUUGGCCAACUUCAUCCAUUUGAGCAGUCUUCACCUGGCUUCAACCAAGAUCUCGGGCAAGUUGAAGAUCAUCGCGUCCAUGAAGAAUCUGCAGCACUUGGACCUCAGUGGAACAGAGGUCGCUGGCGAUAUCCAAGCUUUACAGGAAGUGCAAAAGUUGCAGCACAUCAAUCUGCACUCUACUCGUGUGGCAGGUGAUAUCCAGGUCUUCCAGGCCUUGGUUCAGCUGAAGUCCCUGGACCUUGGCAACACCCAGGUGGUUGGAGACAUCCAGGCCUUCCAGGCCACACAGAGCCUGGAUUCUCUCCGCUUGGUGGCCACCCAAGUGUCAGGCGAUAUCAGUGCUUUCAAAGCUACGAAGGAUUUGACGGUGCUCAACUUGGAUUUAACCCACAUCUUUGGAGAUGUGCAGGUCUUUCAGGCAACCAAGUCCUUGAUGGAGCUGAGUUUGAAGUCCACCGAUGUCACAGGAGAUAUCAAAGUCUUUGAAAACACCAAUGGCUUGGAAUACUUUGACCUGGCCUCGACCAAAGUCACCGGGGACAUCCAAGUUCUGAACACGACGGGUCAGCUGAAAGUGGUACACCUGCCGAACACAAGGGUUCAUGGGGACAUUGCCGUCUUCAGCUCAACUGAUACUAGCGAGCUCACUUCGUUGAGCAUGGGGAACAGUGCAGUGUUUGGGAAUAUUUCAGCGCUGAAGUCUGCCGACAAGCUUUCCGAGGUCGUCUUUGCUUCAACGCAAGUGGGUGGGGACAUCCGGGUCUUCGAGAGCAAACCUGGCUUGCUAGCUGUAAUUUGUUCCUCAACGCAGGUCACAGGUGACGUUCAAGUCUUCGAAAACAAGGAGCGUUUGAUGUUCCUGGACUUGUCAUUUACCCAAGUGACGGGAGAUGUCAAGGUUUUCGUUGGCAAUCAGCAGUUGCAGAUCCUGAAACUCGCCUCCGCCCCUGUGUUUGGGGACGUUGGCGUGCUGGCGACAUCAGAACAAAAUGGCUUCUCAGUGCUGGACCUAUCCUUCACACAGGUGGUGAGAAACAUUUGGGUCUUCCAAAAUGCCUGGCACUUGAAGGAGCUCUAUCUUGGAGGCACCAAGGUCACUGGAAGCAUCGAAGGCAUCGUGAGUUGGAGCCAAGCUCAAGUGGUGGACCUCUCGGACACCUUGGUCACGGGACGACUCACCAAACGCUGGCGUGGCUGUUGUCGACACUUGCGGAUCUUGAAACUGUCGGGUAGUCGCGUUCAAUUUGUUCCCAAUGGUGAUGACCUCAUCAAUCUCAUGAACCUUCAGCAGCUGAAGAAUCCUAACCUUGCCUUGUUGCCAGCCCUCACAACCCUCGAGGUCUCUGGUUGCCGCUUGAACUGCCAUUUGCAGGAUUUGCUUUUGCCACUGGGCGCCUGUGAGCACGUGGGAACGAUCAAAGCGGUGAAGAGCGGCUUGACGGGUGAGCUGCCGAAUCUGGAUCCCAUGCCACCUACCAUUGUGGAAACGGGAAUCUUUUUGGCACAGCGAAGCAGCUUGGCCAGUUCUCUGGAAUUCAUCGACCUCUCAGGCAACAACCUCAGCUACAUUGCUGCAGUGCCUGGUGCUAGCCAGACCCUGGUACUGGCGGGGAACCAGCAGCCAUUGCGUCUUGCAAAGGACGCGUUAAGUAAAGCCCUGAAGCACGGUGUCUUCGUGGACCUCCGAGGCACCCAGCUGCAUGACCAGACCAACCGCGAGGCGCAGAUCUUGUUGCAGGAGAACGUCAUGCGCAACACCUCCCAGAGGAUCUACUCGCGCCCCGAAAGGGGCUACAGUUGUUACGACCUUGACCGCAACAGCACCACCUUGCAAGUGUCCCCUCCAGACUUUCUACCAGAUGAGUGGUGUGCAUGCAUGGCGGGGUGGCAUGGUAUGGGAACACGUUGCACUAAAUGUCCGGAGAACACCUUCAGCGAGGAGUUGAACACAGAUACCUGCAAAGAGUGCCCUGUGAACACUACUACGGACAAGGAUGGCUCUACAUCAAUGUGGGAUUGCAAGUGUGAGGCUGGAGAGCUUCACGCCUUGAACGGCAGCCACCUCUGCGGCUGUCCCGAAGGCUUCGCCAGCUCGGGCGUCUCCUGCGUGAACUGCGCGGGGCUGCACUUGAACUGCUCAGACCGCUUUUCGGACGUGGCCUCGGCGGAUCCAGACGCAGGUUUUGCUCGACUGGUGCUGAAGGCGGAGGAAGCGUAUGAGUGCUUUCCCCCAGCGAAACUUCGCUGUCCAGGUCGAAACGGCUCCGGACUUGGCUGCGCUCCCGGCUACCAAGGCUCACUCUGCAUGGGCUGCAGUGAGGGCCACUUUUCAUCUGGCAGGUCAUGCGUUGAGUGCUCUGGCGAAGGCCUACCGUCCUGGCUCAUCAAAAUGGGUCUUGCACUGUUGCUCUUCUUCUUGUUUCUGAUUGCUACCUUCAUCAUCGCUCACACAGUGUACUCAUGGCAUCCAGGGCAACAUGCGCAGGAGUGGCUAAACUACAUCCAGACGUGCAUCUUCCCACCAGGGGUGUUGGGUUCCCUGCAGCAGAAACUCCUCAAAGGGCAGCUGCCGGUGUUGCUUCAAAUGUGUCAGCUCUGGAGCGUGUUGGCCGCUUUGGCGCAUGGUGAGGAUUCCAGGGCUGCCUCCUGGCAGUUUCCGGAACUGCCUUACGUGCAGCGCUUCCAGUUUACCUUGGGGAGUUUCAGGGAACUUCUCUACCUACAGUGUUACCUGGGUGGUUUCCAGGUACGCUUUGUGCUGGCUUUGAUCACCCCAGUGCCUGGCUGCAACAUCAAAUCAUAUCAAAUCGCCGGUGUCGGUAGGUUCCGAACCCCAAAGUCAAGUGGUUUAAGAUGGUUCAAUAUUGUUUCAAUAUCGCUUUCUUAUGUUUUCUUGAUUUGUUCAGCUCAUUGUGGUAGACGUAUUUCUGGACAAACCCGGAGAGGCCUUUUGUCGUCCAACUUCCGUGACAACCACCAAGCAGGAUCCCUGCCCUCUGGUAAUAAAACAUGGCAACGAAAAAUCCUUCACUUGUAG